CUUCCGGUGUUUCAAUCAAGUAAUUUCUCAGGAACCGCUGUAGGAUUCCCAUCCUUGUGGUAGUUAGUUGGGCAUUGCCAAGUAAUUGCAAUGCGGUUUACAUUACUAUGAAAUAAAACAUACAUUUUGCAUUGAAAUAUGGCGAUUUCAAUGGAAAGUCAACUUCAAACCAUAUUCGAGGAUGUUGUGAAAACGGAGGUCAUAGAGGAGGCGUUUGCUGGGAUGUUCAUGGACACAGCUGAGUCGGAACGGAUGAAGUUGAUCAGCUGUUUAGGUGCUUUCAGACAGUAUUGGAGCACUUUGCCACAGGAAUCCCACGAGCAGUGUGUUAAGUGGAUUGUCCGGUUCAUCCAUGGACAGCACAGUCCUAAGCGCAUCUCUUUCCUCUACGACUGCCUGGCCAUGGCGGUGGAGACCAGCCUGUUGCCUCCUAGAAUGGUUUGCCAAGCGUUGGUCAACUCUGACAGCCUGGAGUGGGAGAGGACCCAGUUGUGGGCCUUGACCUUCAGACUCUUCCGCAAAAUCAUUGGAGGAGUGGAUUACAAGGGUGUGAGAGAUUUACUGAAGACCGUUUUGGACAAAAUCCAGACCAUCCCCAAUGUCGUCAGUUCAGCCGUGGUCCAGCAGCUACUGGCAGUCCGAGAGGUGGUUGAGUACAUACUUGACAGGAAUGCCUGUCUUCUGCCUGCCUACCUUGCAGUGACCGAGAUCAGAAAGCUUUACCCAGAGGGUGCACUAUCACACUGGCUCCUUGGUAGCCUGAUUUCAGACUUUGUGGACAGUUUCCGUCCCACUGCGAGGAUCAACUCUAUCUGUGGGAGAUGCAGUCUACUGCCUGUGGUCAACAACUCUGGGGCCAUCUGUAAUUCCUGGAAGUUAGACCCCACCACACUACGCUUCCCUCUCAAGGGUAUGCUGCCCUAUGACAAGGAUCUGUUUGAUCCUCAGACGGGGCUCCUGCGCUACGUGCUGGAGCAGCCCUACUCCCGUGACAUGGUCUGCAACAUGUUAGGGCUCAACAAACAGACCUUGAACAUUGCUCAGCACAAGCAGCGCUGCCCGGUGCUGGAGGACCAGCUGGUGGACCUGGUGGUGUACGCCAUGGAGCGCUCCGAGACGGAGGAGCAGUUCGACGACGGCGGCACCAGCCAGCUGCUCUGGCAGCACCUGUCCAGUCAGCUCAUCUUCUUCGUGCUCUUCCAGUUCGCCAGCUUCCCGCACAUGGUGCUCUCGCUCCACCAGAAGCUGGCAGGGAGAGACCUCAUCAAAGGCAGAGACCACCUGAUGUGGGUGCUCCUGCAGUUCAUCUCCGGAAGCAUCCAGAAGAACGCUCUAGCCGACUUCCUGCCCGUCAUGAAGCUGUUUGACCUACUCUACCCCGAGAAGGAGUGUAUCCCCGUCCCGGACAUCAACAAGCCCCAGUCCACGCACUCGUUUGCCAUGACCUGCAUCUGGAUCCACCUGAAUCGCAAGGCCCAGAGCGACAACUCCAAGCUGCAGAUCCCCAUCCCCCACUCGCUCAGGCUGCACCACGAAUUUCUGCAACAGAGCCUGCGCAACAAGAGCCUGCCCAUGACGGACUACAAGAUCGCCCUGCUGUGCAACGCCUACUCCACCAACUCGGAGUGCUUCACCCUGCCCAUGGGCGUGCUGGUGGAGACCAUCUACGGCAACGGCAGCGUGCGCAUCCCCCUGCCGGGCACCAACUGCAUGGCCCAGGGCUCCGUCACGCCGCUGCCCAUGAACCUGCUGGACUCGCUGACGGUGCACGCCAAGAUGAGCCUCAUUCACAGCAUUGCCACGCGUGUGAUCAAGCUAGCCGCCGCCAAGUCCAGCCUGGCCCUGGCCCCUGCCCUGGUGGAGACCUACAGCCGCCUGCUGGUCUACAUGGAGAUCGAGUCCCUGGGCAUCAAGGGCUUCAUCAGCCAGCUCCUGCCCAACGUGUUCAAGUCGCACGCCUGGGGCAUCCUGCACACGCUGCUGGAGAUGUUCAGCUACCGCAUGCACCACAUCCAGCCCCACUACCGCGUGCAGCUGCUCAGCCACCUGCACUCGCUGGCCGGCGUGCCCCAGACCAACCAGAACCAGCUCCACCUUUGUGUGGAGAGCACUGCCCUGAGAUUGAUCACCGCGCUGGGGAGCUCUGAAGUUCAGCCACAGUUCACCCGUUUCCUGAGCGACCCCAAGACGGUCCUGUCAGCCGAGUCAGAGGAGCUGAACCGAGCGCUCAUCCUCACGCUAGCCAGAGCCACGCACGUCACAGAUUUCUUCACAGGCUCGGAUUCCAUCCAGGGCACGUGGUGCAAGGACAUCCUUCAGACCAUCAUGAACUUCACCCCCCACAACUGGGCCUCCCACACCCUCAGCUGCUUCCCCGCCCCACUGCAGGCGUUCUUCAAGGCGAACAACGUUCCGCAGGAGAGCCGCUUCAACCUGAAGAAGAACGUGGAGGAGGAGUACCGCAAGUGGAAGUCCAUGACCAACGAGAACGACAUCAUCACGCACUUCUCCAUGCAGGGCUCGCCGCCGCUUUUCCUCUGUCUGCUGUGGAAGAUGCUGCUGGAGACGGACCACAUCAACCAGAUCGGCUUUAGACGGGGUAAUCAGACCCCUGACCCUGGCCAUGUUUUUGCCGUUGUUGGCAGGGUACUGGAGAGGAUUGGUGCGCGCGCCCUGGUGGCCCACGUGCGAACGUUUGCCGACUUCCUGGUGUACGAGUUCUCCACGUCGGCCGGAGGGCAGCAGCUGAACAAGUGCAUCGAGAUCCUCAACGACAUGGUGUGGAAGUACAACAUUGUUACGCUGGACCGCCUCAUCCUCUGCCUGGCCAUGCGUAGCCAUGAGGGCAACGAGGCACAGGUCUGCUACUUCAUCAUCCAGCUGCUGUUGCUCAAGCCCAACGACUUCCGCAACCGUGUCAGCGACUUCGUCAAGGAGAACGCCCCCGAGCACUGGCUGCAGAGCGACUGGCACACUAAGCACAUGUCCUACCACAAGAAAUACCCUGAGAAGCUGUACUUUGAGGGCCUGGCGGAGCAGGUUAGCCCGCCCAUGCCCCAGCAGUCUCAGUACCUGCCCAUCUACUUUGGCAAUGUGUGCCUGCGUUUCCUGCCUGUCUUCGACAUCGUCAUCCACCGCUUCCUGGAGCUGCUGCCCGUCUCCAAGUCCCUGGAGACCCUCCUCGAUCACCUAGGCGGCCUCUACAAGUUCCACGAUCGCCCGGUGACGUACCUGUACAACACGCUGCACUAUUACGAACGGCACCUGCGAGACCGCACCAACCUGAAGCGCAAGCUGGUGCACGCCAUCAUGAGCUCGCUCAAGGACAACCGCACGCCCGGCUGGUGCCUGAGCGAGACCUACCUCAAGUUCGGCAUGAACCCGCGCGAGGACAAUGUCUGGAUACCCGACGACACCUACUACUGCAAGCUCAUCGGCCGGCUGGUGGACACCAUGGCAGGAAAGUCUCCGGGCCCAUUCCCCAACUGUGACUGGCGCUUUAACGAGUUCCCCAACCCGGCUGCCCAUGCCCUGCACGUCACCUGCGUGGAGCUCAUGGCCCUGGCUGUGCCCGGCAAGGACGUGGGCAAUGCCCUCCUCAACGUGGUGCUCAAGAGCCAACCACUGGUGCCUCGAGAGAACAUCACCGCCUGGAUGAACGCUAUCGGUCUCGUCAUCACAGCUCUUCCGGAGCCGUACUGGAUCGUGCUGCAGGACCGCAUCGUGAGCGUGGUCAGCAGUCCGGUGCUCACCACCGAGACCGAGUGGGUGGGCUACCCCUUCCAGCUGCUGGACUUCACCGCCUGCCACCAGUCCUACUCGGAGAUGUGCUGCAGCUACGUGCUGGCUCUGUCCCACGCCGUCUGGCACCACUCCAGCAUUGGACAGCUCUCCCUCAUCCCCAAGUUCCUGACAGAGGUGCUGAAGCCCAUAGUGAAGACAGAGUUCCAGCUGCUGUACGUGUAUCACCUGGUCGGGCCGUUCCUGCAACGCUUCCAGCAGGAGAGGACGCGCUGCAUGCUAGAGAUUGGUGUGGCGUUCUACGAGAUGCUCCAAGCUGUUGACCAGCACUGCACGCACCUGUCCUACAUGGACCCCGUCUGCGACUUCCUCUACCACAUCAAAUACAUGUUUACCGGCGACAGCGUGAAAGACCAGGUGGAGAAGAUCAUCUGCAACCUGCGGCCAGCCAUGAAGCUCCGCCUGCGUUUCAUCACACACAUCAGCAAGAUGGAGCCGGCUGCCUCGGCCGCUGCUAACGCUAACGCCCCGCAGCCCAACACCGUCUCCUCACCAGCCCCGCAGAGCAACCCCGGACCCUCAAAUGUCCCCCUGUCUGUGGCCCAGUAACGGACAGACCUCUCCACCAAGACACAAGCUAACUCAGUGUGAGCUAGCAGAAGGGCUGGAGGAUCCUCAGGAGGCCUUCAAGAUGGAUGGAUGGAUGGACGAACGAGUGGAUGGGGGGGUUCCUUGAAGGUCCCCAUAGGGCUGUGACAAGUUCCAUGGCCAAAAAGACAAUGUGACUGAUUCUGACGUGGUGCACAAGGUCUUUGAAUUUUCAGUCAUCUGUUACACUUAACAUCUGGGGUGUGUAAGCUCCAAUAGACCCUGUUUGAAAGCAGAUAUGAUAGGAGAAAUUCUCAUAUCUCAUCUGAUCUCAUUUGGUGAUGAGGUCUUUCUGUAUAUGAUCAUUUUUUUCUAUUAGUAUGAUGCACUUGGCAAUGCUUUGAUGUAAUCUGUGUUUUUUUCCAAGACAGACAAGCCAUGUGCCUUGAGAAUAUUUUUAGCCUCAGCAAUCAUGAACCUGAAUUUAUUUGUCAAUGUUGCAGUGUUUUCUCACCAAACAACAAUAAUGCUAAAUAAAAACAUUUUUAGUAUAUAA